AUGCAUUUUCUGUUUUUGUUACAAAUUCAAGAUGACUGCUUCCGUAAGCGGAGCAGAGCCUGACAAACCACACGGUCGGAACGAAUCCUGUCGGAAUUCCGCGCCUUCCCCCGUCUCGAGGCCUCGAAGAAAGUUCCGUAGUUGAGCGGAGAAGUUGAACGAUUCCUCCAAAUACCCCUAAUUGAAACGCCACCGUUUAAUUUUUAUCCAACUCCGCGGCUCGGUAAGGAGAAAAUGGAGGUAGCCGCGGUGACUUCCAGUGGCGGCAGCGUCGGCGGCGUCGGCGGAGCAGGUGGAGGAGGACCAGCGCCGUUCUUAUUGAAGACGUACGAGAUGGUUGAUGACUCAGCGACGGACGGAAUCGUGUCUUGGAGCUCCAACAACCACAGCUUCGUCGUCUGGAACCCUCCAGAGUUCGCUCGUCUCCUCCUCCCAACCUACUUCAAGCACAACAACUUCUCUUCCUUCAUCCGUCAGCUCAAUACCUAUGGAUUCCGAAAGAUCGAUCCUGAAAGGUGGGAAUUUGCUAAUGAAGAUUUUGUGAAAGAUCAAAAGCAUCUCCUAAAGAAUAUCCAUCGUAGGAAACCUAUCCACAGCCAUGGUAAUCCACAUGGGUCAACAGUAGACCCAGAAAGAGCAGCAUUUGAUGAAGAAAUAGGGACACUUUCGCGUGACAAAGAUAUGCUUGAAGCAAAUAUCUUAAGGUCCAAGCAACAACGAUCAGCGGAGAAGCUUCAGCUGGAAGAGAUGACUCAACGACUCGAUAAUAUGGAGAGGAGGCAAGAGGUUCUGAUCACCACCUUGGAAAAGGCUGUGCGGGACCCCACUUUUGUUGAACAUCUUGCUCGGAAAAUUGAGUCUACGGAUUUCUCAGCUUAUAGUAAGAAAAGACGAUUGCCUCAACUUGAGCAUUCAAAGCCAAUUAUGGAAAGUAGUCUUUUGGAUAACAGCAGUAGUUCUAGAGCCGAGUUUGGGAACAUUUUCCAUCAGGAUUUCUCAAAUAAGCUGAGAUUAGAGUUGUCACCAGCCAUUUCAGAUAUUAACUUGGUUUCACACAGUACGCAGUGUUCCAAUGAAGAUGGGGAAAGUCCUAACAGGAAAAUAUCUGAAGGAGAUCCAAAAGAUGUGCAGACAAGAACUGACGCUCAUUCUUUUGCACCAGAUGGAUUGGAGCUUUCAGAUACUGGGACAUUCCCGCGAAAGAUACCACCGAAUGGGAAUUCAAGGAUGUAUUCCUUGCAGCAGAGGUUGAAUUCAACAGAGGAAGUUGACGGCCAUGUUUCCUGUCAUUUAAAUCUAACUUUGGCAUCUUCUUCAGUGCCAGUCAACAAAAGUUCUUGCCCGACAAGGAUGCCUCAACAAAAUCAAGAAAUUCGAAAAUCUCCAGAAUCAAUAUUUAAUGUCAUCAGUAAAGGAUCCGAUGUUAGGGGUUUACCAAAGAAAAAAAAUACACCUGAUGAGAACACACCUAUAUCUUCCUCCCAGGAACCCCAAGAUAACAACCAAGGGCGCCCAGCAGCUCCAGCUCGAGUGAAUGAUCUAUUCUGGGAACAGUUCCUAACUGAGAGACCAGGUUCUUCAGACAAUGAAGAGGCAAGUUCAACAUACAGAGCAAAUCCAUAUGAAGAACAAGAAGAUAGAAGGUUAGGCCAUGGAAUAUCAAGAAACUCCAGAAACAUAGACCAGCUCAGUCUUUGAGCACCAAUGUUGUAACAAAGCCAGUCAGGUUCAUAACAUCUUUCUCUUCUUAAUUUAGAUGCUUGUAAUAUUCCAUAUUUAACACUCAGAUUCAGAUGCAUGACACAACUCCGCAUGCCUAUGUCUAUAACUGGUUUGAAUAAGAUAGCAUCAAUCAAAACCCAUUAGGUACUACUGUAUACAGGCAAACAAGUAUUUAGUGUUGUGAAUCAACAUGUGAGCGUUUUUGUUAUUGAAUCAUGGAAAUCAUUUACUCAGAUUGAUUUGAGGCUAUAAGUAAAAAAUAUCAAUUUCCCGA